UCCGGGCCCCCGUGAUGCCCUGCGGCGCGCCGGACUCCGGGCGAUCUGGGUCAUGCUGCGCGCGCUGAGCCGCCUGGGUGCGCGACCCCCGUGCGGGCCCCCGGCCCCGCUGCUGCUACCAGCGCGCGGCCGCAAGACCCGCCACGACCCGCCGACCAAGUCCAAAGUCGGGCGCGUGGCGACCCCGCCCAGCGUGGAUCCUGCGGAGUUCUUCGUGCUGUCGGAGCGUUACCGGCAGUACCGCCAAACCGUGCGCGCCCUGAGGCUGGAGUUCGUGUCCGAGGUGCGAAGGAAGGUGUACGAGGCCCGGGCUGGGGUCCUGGCGGAGCGAAAGGCGCGGGAGGAUGCCACUGAGCACCGCGAGCUGAUGGCCUGGAACCAGGCGGAGAACCAGCGGCUGCAGGAGCUGCGGAUAGAGAGGCUACGGCAGGAGGCGCGGGACCGGGAGCAGCAGCAGGCCGAGGAGAAAGCCCGCCAGGCCCGAGAGGCGGAGGCCAGUGUGCAGCUCAAGGAGCGAGAACUGCUGCAGCUGCAGGAGGAGGCAAAAAACUUCAUCACCCGAGAGAACCUGGAGGCGCGGGUGGAAGAAGCAUUGGACUCCCCAAAGAGCUACAACUGGGCCGUUACCAGAGAGGGGCUGGUGGUCAGGCCACAGCACAAGGGCUCCUAAGGGCCCAGUAAGGACAGUGCCGGCCCAGGGACCAUGUGUGUAUGGGGGUAGGAGGGUUGCGUCUGACCUAGAAUAAAGCAGUUGUCGUUUCUUAUGAAGAAGGAAGCUCAA